AUGUCAUACGAUGCACGCAGGCUCGUGGGCAUCCAAAGCGAGCGCGUUACAAACGUGUCGAGCACAGACUACCCUGGGCACUACCCAGAUGAAGACAACGAAUGGUCCCUGGAAAAAUUCAAAAAGAACUUGAAAGUUAAAGUUCAACGACUUUCGAAUCUGUCAAUAGAUUUUGACCUCGUCGGUGUGGAUGCCUCGAUUGCCAAUGCUUUUCGACGGAUCAUGAUUGCCGAGGUCCCGACGGUGUGCAUAGAAAAUGUCUAUGUCUGGGACAAUACCUCCGUUGUGGUGGACGAGGUUUUGUCACAGCGACUAGGCCUCAUACCACUCAACAUAGAUCCCGACUUGAUAGUGAUGAAAGAGACUUCCGCCGACCAAGCUACCGACCGCAACACCAUCGUCUUUGAGAUUAAACUCACGUGCGAACGCAACCCCAAGGCGAAGAAAGACUCAACCGACCCCGACGAGUCGUACAUCAACCAUGAGGUCCUCUCAUCACAUUUAGUUUGGAAACCAGCCGGAGAACAAGAGGAAGUCUUUGCGGGAAAUCCCCCGGCGCCUACGAACCCCAACAUCGUCUUAGCGAAAUUAAGGCCAGGCCAGGAUGUUCAUGUGGAGCUGCAUGCGAUGAAGGGUGUCGGGAAGGAUCAUGCAAAGUAUUGUCCCGUCGCAACUGCGUCCUACCGCCUACUACCGCACAUCAAAAUCAAGAAGCCUAUCCCCCCACAUUUAGGGGAGAAAUUCCAGAAGUGCUUCUCGCCUGGCGUUAUUAAAAUUGAUCCCCGAACCAAGGAGGUUUCCGUCGACGAACACAAUGUGCGCAAGGACACUGUGAGCCGAGAGGUCCUCCGGCAUCCUGAAUUUAAAGACUCAGUUGAACUAAGCCGGGUGCGAGAUUUCUUCCUUUUCAACGUCGAGUCAGAAGGCGCAUACUCCCCGGAGAGAAUGUUAACCGAAGCCAUCAAGGUGAUGCGAGAAAAACUCAAGAAAAUUCGCCAAGCCGCAGAGGCGUUGUACGAUCAGGUGGAGGUGGAUGGUGAUGUGACGAUGGCAGACGUAUGA